AUGGUUCGAAAGGAUCCCAUUUUCGAGGCACGCACCAAUGUUAAGCUACACUCUAAUAGACUCAAGAAAGAGGCCAUCCGUGCUGAAUCAACCUUCAAAUCAGAGAAAGCUAAGGCCGACAAAGCCAUGAAGAACCGCGAAUUCCAGAUUGCCCGCAUCCACGCUGCUUCUGCCGUCCGCGAAAAGCGACGACAGGUAACACUUAGAGCCGAGGCCGCCCGGGCAGAUGUCAUCAUAAAUGAACUCAAAGCCGCCCAAAGCACCCGUGACACAUCACGAACUCUUGCGUUGGCAUCGCGGGGUCUGGAUGCUGCCUCGAAGAGUGUCAAUCUGGAGAACCUAGUCUCCCACGCCAAUAAUUUUCUGGCACGCUCGGAGGAUUUUAAGAUUGCUAGUAGCGCAAUCGAGGAUGUCGCCCAAGGGGUGUCGAUGCAGGAGUAUGGUGCGGAGGGUGAAGCAGAUGUUGAUCGUCUGAUGGAACAGCUCGCUGAUGAUGCGGGUGUGGAUAUGCGCUUGGCUCUAGAGGCCGACAAAGCCCCCAAUGAAGAAGUACAUGAGCCGAAGCAGGGCGAUUCGGAACUGGAAGAUGGCCUUGGUGCGAGAUUACGGGCCCUGAGAGCUGCCAACUGA